AUGCUGCGGCCACCCGUGGAUAUCCCAGAAUCUCCAUCGUCUCCUUUCCCUAUUAAAAUUGAGUCAAAUAUCAUUUGUGGCUAUGGGAGAGGAUCUGCUGAGCUAGGAAUUCCCACUGCGAAUGUCCCUGUGAAUGAUGAUAUUAAUGUUCUUGACACCGGCAUUUAUUAUGGCUGGUGUCAAUUAAAACCUGAUACGUAUACCCACCUGUCGAAACUGCAACGAUCUGAUGGAAAUGAGAUCACCUUUAAUUACGGUUCUAGCUUAAAAAAAGAAGAGUUGGAUGUUUUUCCAAUGGUAAUGUCAAUUGGAUGGAAUCCAUUUUAUAAUAAUAAGCAGAAAGCGGCGGAGGUUCACAUCAUUCAUAAAUUCAAUGAUAAUUUUUAUGGUGCUACCAUUAAGUACGUUGUUUUAGGCUACAUUAGGCCUGAACUUAAUUACACGACUAAAGGUAAGUAUAUUUUAUAA